UAAUAUUAAAUAAAAAAUAAAAACUCCCAAAUCCCCCGUCUCUCUCUACCCCGCCAUUCUUGUCAUUGCCCCCAGCUCCAUCCAACUCUCUCCCAGUCCUGGGCGCCGCCGUCGCUGCCGCCACCUUCCAGCUGUCCUCCGUCUCGUCAAGACCUUACAUUCCUCCCCAACCUCCGCUGCCACCACCUUCGCUCCCGUCGCCAUGGAGGACGUGGCCGAGGGAAAGGAUUUCUCCUUCCCGAAGCAGGAGGAGUCGAUCCUCCAGUUCUGGGACCAAAUCCAGGCAUUCCACACUCAACUGGAGCGGACAGCUGACAAGCCAGAGUAUGUCUUCUACGACGGGCCCCCGUUCGCCACUGGCCUGCCUCACUAUGGCCACAUACUCGCUGGUACGAUUAAGGACAUUGUAACGAGGUAUCAGACUAUGAGGGGACACCAUGUGACUAGGAGGUUCGGGUGGGACUGCCAUGGGUUGCCUGUUGAGCGGGAGAUCGACAAGAAAUUGGGAAUCGUCAAGAAGGAUGAUGUCUUGGCUCUUGGGAUUGACAAGUACAAUGAGGAAUGCAGGAGUGUGGUCACUAGGUAUGUGGAGGAGUGGGAGAAGAUUAUUACACGUACUGGGCGGUGGAUUGACUUCAAGAAUGAUUAUAAGACUAUGGACUUGAAAUUCAUGGAGAGUGUGUGGUGGGUUUUUGCUAAGCUUUACGAGAAAGGCCUCGUGUACAAAGGAUUUAAGGUCAUGCCAUAUAGCACGGGAUUGAAGACACCAUUGUCGAACUUUGAAGCUGGAGAAAAUUAUAUGGAUGUAUCUGAUCCAGAAAUAAUAGUUGCUUUCCCGAUCCUUGGUGACCCUGAUAAAGCAGCUUUUGUAGCAUGGACCACAACUCCGUGGACACUUCCGAGUAACCUUGCUCUUUGUGUCAAUGCUAAUUUUACCUAUGUCAAGGUUCGCAAUAAGUAUUCUGGAAAAAUAUAUGUUGUUGCUGAAUCAAGGUUGUCUCAACUUCCAAGUGAAAUCCAGAAACAGAAUGUAGUCAGUGGGUCUGUCGGUGAAUCAAAAGCCCCAAAAAGUAAGGGAUCUAAAAAUAAAAAGUCAGAUGAGAUCAGUGCUUAUGAAGUUCUGCAGAAGAUGACAGGGGCUUCUCUGGUUGGAACAAAAUAUGAACCACUGUUCUGCUACUUCUCCGAGUUUGCCGAUACGGCUUUUAGGGUAGUUGCGGACAACUAUGUCACCGAUGAUAGUGGUACUGGAAUUGUCCACUGCGCUCCGGCAUUUGGUGAAGAUGAUUAUCGUGUCUGCAUUGAAAAUAAAAUCAUAGCCAAGGGAGAGGACCUGGUUGUGGCCGUUGAUGAUGAUGGUUGCUUUAUCAGUAAAAUUUCUGAUUUUAGUGGCCGCAAUGUCAAAGAUGCAGAUAAAGACAUCAUUGAAGCAGUGAAGGCCAGAGGCAGACUUGUUAAAUCUGGAAGCUUCACUCACUCUUAUCCAUUUUGUUAUAGAUCACAUACUCCUCUUAUAUAUCGAGCUGUUCCGAGCUGGUUUGUUUGUGUUGAAACCUUGAAAGAGAAGCUGUUGGAGAACAACAAACAGACCUACUGGGUUCCUGAUUAUGUGAAGGAGAAACGGUUCCAUAAUUGGUUGGAAAAUGCAAGGGAUUGGGCUGUCAGUCGAAGCAGAUUCUGGGGCACUCCUCUUCCCAUUUGGAUUAGUGAGGACGGUCAGGAAAUAAUAGUAAUGGACUCAAUUGAAAAGCUUGAGAACCUUUCGGGUGCUAAGAUUUUUGAUCUCCAUCGACAUUAUAUCGAUGACAUAACAAUUCCAUCAAGCCGAGGUCCUGAGUUCGGGGUGCUUAGACGUGUCCAUGAUGUGUUUGACUGUUGGUUCGAGAGUGGGUCCAUGCCCUACGCUUAUCUCCAUUAUCCUUUUGAGAACCUUGAACUCUUUGAGAAAAAUUUUCCAGGGCAUUUUGUUGCCGAGGGCCUUGACCAAACUCGUGGAUGGUUUUAUACUCUUAUGGUGUUGGCCACUGCACUCUUCGGGAAACCUGCAUUUAGGAAUCUUAUUUGCAACGGACUCGUUCUAGCUGCUGAUGGGAAGAAAAUGAGCAAAAGCUUAAAAAAUUACCCUUCACCUUUGGAAGUCAUAGAUGAUUAUGGAGCUGAUGCACUACGUCUGUACCUCAUCAAUUCUCCAGUUGUGCGUGCAGAGACUUUACGCUUCAAGAAGGAAGGUGUCUUCUGUGUUGUCAAAGACGUUUUCCUUCCGUGGUACAAUGCAUAUAGAUUUCUUGUACAAAAUGCUAAGAGACUUGAAUUGGAAGAGGCUGCUCCAUUUGCUCCAAUUGAUCAAGCAUCUCUUCAACGAUCUUCCAAUGUGCUCGAUCAAUGGAUCUACUCUGCAACUCAGACUCUUGUUCAUUUUGUGCAGAAAGAGAUGGACGCAUAUCGCCUCUAUACGGUUGUACCUCAUCUCUUGGGGUUUCUGGACAACCUUACUAACAUAUAUGUGCGCUUUAACCGUAAAAGGCUAAAAGGGCGGACUGGAGAAGAUGAUUGCCGAGCAGCUUUGUCAAUGCUUUUUAAUGUUCUUUUAACUUCUUGUAAAGUGAUGGCUCCGUUCACACCCUUUUUCACUGAAGUUUUAUACCAAAACAUGAGAAAAGUUUGUGAAGAAGCGGAAGAAAGCAUUCACUUCUGCAGUUUCCCCCGGGAAGAAGGGAAGAGAGAGGAAAGAAUUGAACAAAGUGUGACGAGGAUGAAGACAAUUAUUGAUCUCGCCCGCAACAUCCGUGAACGUAACAGCAAGCCUCUUAAAACACCACUCAGGGAGAUGAUAGUAGUCCACUCUGAUGUGGACUUCCUUGAAGAUAUUGCGGGAAAACUAAAAGAGUACAUACUCGAAGAACUUAAUAUAAGGUCUCUUGUGACGUCCAAAGAUAUCUUGAAGUACGCUACCUUACGUGCUGAGCCAGAUUUCAGUGUAUUAGGUAAGCGGCUUGGGAAGUCCAUGGGGAUUGUGGCAAAAGAAGUGAAAGCAAUGUCACAAGAUGACAUUUUGGCAUUUGAGAGAGCAGGAGAGGUUACAGUUGCAACGCAUUGUUUGAAACGGGAGGAUAUUAAGGUUGUCCGUGUUUUCAAGCGUCCAGAUGGCAGAACUGAGAAGGAGAUAGAUGCUGCUGGAGAUGGUGAUGUCCUGGUGAUUUUGGAUUUGCGGCCUGAUGAGUCAUUAUUUGAAGCUGGGGUAGCUCGUGAGGUUGUAAACAGAAUUCAGAAGCUAAGGAAAAAGGUUGGCCUGGAACCAACUGAUGUUGUGGAGGUCUACUUUGAAGCAUUAGAUAAAGAUUCAUCAUUAGAGCAAGUUUUGAAUUCACAGGAAUCCUAUAUUCGGGAGGCAAUUGGUUCCCCUCUGCUUCCUUCUUCGUUGUUGCCGUCUGAUGCUGUCAUCCUCGGGGAGGAAAGUUUUAGCAGUACUGCUAAUAUGUCGGUUGCCAUUAGGUUGGCAAGACCUGCACUUGUGUUUAACUCGGAAGCCAUUCUUGCACUAUAUCAAGGAAACGUGAAAUUCGCUCAAGGUUUGCAGAUAUACUUACAAUCAAGGGAUCACUUCAACUUGAAAUCCGAGUUUCAACAUGGCAGUGGAAAGAUCACGGUCGACUGCCUCGAGAACCAGCCUGCUGUCACAUUAGUGUCAGGCCAUCACGUGUUCUUGACAAUGGGCGACUCCUAUACGAAGAAAAGAUCUGCUUGAAGCAAUAGCACUCAUGCUGAUUCGAUUACAUUGAAAUUGAAAGAGAAACAAAACAGGUACUAUGCUUCUUUUGCUAGGCUGAUGGAGAAUCUCUGUGGGACAGUUCACCAUCAGUCCAAUUUUUCACGUAUUGAGAAAGGGGAUUGUAUUGAUCCGAAAAGUAGGAACACAAUCCCCCAAGAUAGCGUUGCCGAGAAAAACCUUGUAUCAAAUUUUGACUUAGUUUUAGGCUCAGUGUCUUUCGUGCAAAAUAUUCUUUUUCUUGUAAUGUAGAAGCUUACAUGUAGUUCGUUAGAUGCUUUUUGCAAAAAUCUGAACCUCACUGGACGUUUACCAGUCCUUCUCAAUCGAAUGCAACGUACUGAAUUUUUGAGCCAAUAUA